UUGCGUUGCAACGCAGUCAUUCGCAGACAAAUGCAGAGUUUUGGGAACUUAUUGGAGAAAGGCCUUUACAUGCCGUAUGGUUACCACUUCCUGCUUGCAAGCAUUUGUAGUUAACAGUUUUUCCUAGAAGUACAUACAUUUCUUCCUGUACGGUUUAUUCUGACGCUUAUUUGUGCAUUUCUUGGUUUUUCAAUAAAAAAUGUCUGUAUAUAAUCAAUUCAUUUAUCAUCGAUUUUUUAAAAGUAAAAAAACCGAUUAUGCUCAUGUGACAGACAUCCGAAAUUUUACUGCAGACGAAUUCAAUAAAAAUAAACUAUAUAAAGUUAAAGACGCAUCCGACCACAGAUAUCAUCGUUCACAAAUUUUAGAGUUUGGAAGAAGCAUUUCUGAUCUUCAAAAGAAAAUUGAAACCCAUGAGAAAGGAAAAAACGCUGGAUAUUCAUUAAAAGUACAGAUGGAAGUUCUACUGAAGAAGAGGAGGAAUCAAGCAGUACAGUGUCACAAAAAAUUAAGAAUAAGCAGUCAGCAGUUCAAAAGACUAAAAAGAAUUUUGAUAAAAAAAUUCUGCAGCAAAAAAUGUCCUCUCAUUUGACAUCAAAAAAUUUUUUGGGCGCUGAUUCUGAUUCCGAUACAGAAACUGAAUUACUUUCACACGAUUUAAAUGACGAUGGAGAUGCAAAUAGCAAUGAUGGUGAGAUGGAAACAGAGAAAGCUAUAGAUAGUGCACAAGUCACUACAGAAAAUGAAGAUUUAAAAAAGAAAGUUUUAAAAUUACAAGAAGAGUUACAAAAUUAUAAAAGAAAAGCAUCCACAUCAAAAGAGCUGGAUUUCCAAGAUGAUGAUAAAGAUGAUGAAAGUAGCAAUUCUUCAGAGCCAGAAGAAAGACAAGUGAAAAAAAAGAAGAUAAGACCACGGCGCAACAUUCGCGAUAUUACUGAAUACGAAUCAGAUGAAGGUGAAAUUCUGUUGGAUGAUGUUGGAAACAAAAAGAAGUACCAAAUUUUUACAGCAACAACGACGGAAGGUAAAAAAGUAAAACGAAUCCAUCUUGGAAAUGGUGUUCACAUCAAGUUUAGUACAUGGAAAUUGCUUGUUGAUGUGGCAGAUUCUUCGUCUUUUGUGAAACAAUUGUCAAAAGCUAUAUGGCCCGACAAUGUACUUGUCAACCGUUAUGUUAAAAAUAAUAAUCCAUCUUUGAUACAAUUGCCUAAUAGAACACCCAGGAAACAAUUAACUCCGUCAAAGAAAGAAACAUUGACAAAAUGUUACAGAGAUUUCCUGGAAUCGAGAGAUGAAUUAGAUACCACUCAACGUCAAGAUGAAUUUAAGAGACAUGGGAGAUUCUUGAGCGACAGAAUUAAAUAUCUUCGCGAAAAAUUAUACCCAGAACUCAAAAACAAAGCAUAACAGUCCAAGUAAAUUCAAAUCAUGUUUUUAUUUUUCAGUUUAAAUUUCACUUUAAAAGUAUUGAAAGUUACCUAUUU